GGGGGGAGUCUCCGUCUGAGAGAGGAAGCUACAAUGUCUGACUGCAGGAGACAGUGGAACCGGGAGGAUGAGCUGCCGGUCUACCUGGCGGGGCCGAUCACCACCGGGCCGAACCAGAGGAAGAGCUACGGCAUGUUCAGCUCCGUGGAGGGGGCGUUUGAGAGCAAGACCAUAGACUUUGAUAACUACGCGGUGGGGAGGAAAGGGAGCCGCACCCCGAGAAGUGGGAGCCGGGAGAGGCUCUUAGAUGCCGGUGACCCUGUUGGGAAGACUCCCGGCGAGACCCGGGAGGGUUCACAGAGCAACUCUCCGGGGGAGAGAGAUGAAGGACGCCCCGACGUGGAAGUCAGAUUUUCAUCAGGGAAUGAAAGCCAAAAUGGGAAGAGUGAAAGGCUGUUGAUCAAAGGAGGGCGUGUGGUCAACGAUGACCAGUCUGUCUAUGCAGAUGUCUACAUUGAAGAAGGGCUCAUCAAGCAGGUAGGGGAGAAUCUGGUUGUACCAGGGGGUGUCAAGGUGAUCGAAGCGAAUGGUCUCAUGGUGAUACCAGGGGGGAUAGACGUCAACACCUGUCUAAUGAAGUCUUACCUGGGCACACAGCCUGUUGAUGAUUUCCUCCAAGGCACCAAGGCUGCACUUGCUGGGGGCACCACCAUGAUUAUUGACCAUGUCACUCCUGAGCCUGGAAACAGUCUGCUGGAGGCGUUUGAGCGCUGGCAGGAAGCUGCAGAUAAGAAAGCAUGCUGCGAUUACUCCCUACACGUCGACAUCCCUCAGUGGAAUGAGACUGUCAAAGACGAGCUGGAGGUGCUUGUGCACGACAAAGGUAUCAACUCCUUCCAAGUGUACAUGGCUUACAAGGACUUAUACCAGAUGACAGACUCUGAGCUCUAUGAGGCUUUCUCCUUCCUGAAACAGCUGGGUGCUGUGGUCUUAGUUCAUGCUGAAAAUGGAGACCUGAUUGCCCAGGAACAGAGAAAAAUCCUCGGAAUGGGAAUCACUGGACCUGAAGGCCAUCCUCUGAGUCGCCCUGAAGAGCUGGAGGCUGAGGCAGUGUUCCGUGCCAUCACUCUUGGCAACCGGGUGAACUGUCCUGUCUACAUCACCAAGGUGAUGAGCAAGAGUGCAGCUGACACUAUCACUCAAGCUCGUAGGAAAGGUUCUGUAGUCUUUGGAGAGCCAAUCACAGCCAGCCUGGCCACUGAUGGCUCUCACUACUGGAGCAAGAACUGGGCCAAAGCAGCUGCUUAUGUGACCUCUCCACCUCUGAGUCCUGACCCUAACACACCUGACCAUCUCCACACACUUCUGGCCUGUGGGGACCUCCAAGUAGUGGGCAGCGCUCACUGCGCUUACAGCACCUCGCAGAAAGCAAUCGGUAAAGAUGAUUUCACCUUGAUCCCUGAGGGAACCAACGGAGUGGAGGAGAGAAUGGGUUUUGUCUGGGACAAAGCCGUGGCCAUGGGGAAGAUGGAUGAAAACCAAUUUGUGGCAGUCACAUCCACCAAUGCAGCUAAAAUCUUUAACCUGUACCCGCGCAAAGGCCGGAUAGCAGUGGGUUCUGAUGCUGACAUCGUCAUCUGGAACCCUGACAGCGUGAAAACCAUCACUGCAAAACUCCAGCAGUCGGCUGCAGAAUACAACAUCUUUGAGGGGCUUGAGUGUCGUGGGGGUCCGGUGCUGGUGUUGAGUCAAGGUCAAGUUGUUUAUGAGGAAGGCAAGCUGCAGGUUCAGCAGGGUACUGGACGAUUUAUCCCUCGCAAGCACUUCCCAGACCUUCCUUACCAGCGUGUUAAAUUCAGGAACCAGGUGAAGAGCAAACAGGGCGUCACUCGUGGGAUGUACGAUGGCCCUGUUUAUGAUGCCGUUCCCACUCCUAAAUAUAUCACUCCUGCACCAUCAGCCAAAACUUCUCCCACCUCUCACCAGCCACCACCAAUACGUAACCUCCACCAGUCCAACUUCAGCCUCUCAGGGGCACAGAUUGAUGACAACAUCCCUCGUAGGUCUGGCCACCGUAUCGUAGCACCCCCUGGUGGACGCUCUAACAUCACCAGCCUUGGUUAAAAACACCUGACUGUGCACAAAGUGUGUUUGUUGUGGGGUUUAACCUCUUGAGUGUGUGUGAGUGUAUGUGAAUGACUGAGAGUGUGAGCACACUGACAUGAAUGACAGAAACACGUUGUAUUUUUGUUGAUACAAUGAUGUCAUGCUCUUUUUAGACCAUUAUGAUUUUCAUCGUUAUGCCUUGAGUCAGAAGCACAUUAACAUUUAAAAUCAAAGAAGAGUGUGAAAUACAAUCAAACAAAUCAUUCAGAGUUAUGACAACCUCACAAACUCACGAUUGGGGCACUCACACACACAUAGUUUUGGUGUUGGACCCCCCUCCAAGCACCCAUCUGUGACCCCAGUGUUAUGUCAAAAUGCUAUCCUCUGUGAGCAUGGCCCCCUCUUUACUCCACCGCUCCUCAUCCUCUUGUCUUACUAUGUGGGUCUGCUCAGACUUGGUGCUCCUUCCUCCCAGCCAAAAAGAUGGUUUAACAUCUUUGCAAUAUUUGGUUCAAUGUGGCUCUAGUGGAUCCGUUAAUCACAUUGCAUGGACAUGUCUUUUGAUGUUGCACUACUUGUGGUGUGUUGUUACAAUGGAGGAACACUUCAAACUGUUCUCAAGGCACAUUUGUAUUCCACUACACAAAUACUCAUGUAUCGGUAAAUGUAUGCUUUGAGCACACAAUGACAUUCACUGUGGAUAGAGCCAGCUGUUACAACAUUCAAAACACCUUUAUCCAUUUUAACUGUGAACUUCAAUAAAAUCGAUGCAACUUCACCACUACACCACCAGGUUCUAUAUGCAAAUGUGUCUGCACUCUCAUAUGCAGUGUGAAAAUAGAGCAGUUGAAACAACUCAGCUUUAGACUGCAAAAUACAUUUUCUAGAUUGUUGUUCUUAAACGAUAGUUUCACAGUAAGACUUAAUUAUGUGUGUGAUAGUUUUUUUUGCCAAUCAACCAUGCAGAAAGUAGAUCUUUGUUGUAAUGUCAUGCGCAACUCACUGCUGUAAAAGGGCUUCAGCUCCCACUCUUCCUCUCUUUAACCCUUUUUUAUUUCAUUUUAUUGAUGCUGGAUGUUUUAUUGGUACGUUUAAUGUUUUUAAGCUGCGAUGUUUUGUUGCUGUUGUCUGGUGUCUCCAAUGAAACCACUAAUGAUCAAUAAAGA